AUGCAUAAGCCCUUGACUACCGUCAUACCUUGUGUUCGAUAUAUACCGCCCGAUAAUCGUUCCUUUUACGAACAGGAGUAUCCUCAAUCAAAUUUACCACAACGAAUAUCAAAUGCAUCCUAUGAAAAUAUUCUUCGUCAACUUCCUUCUCUUCGAUUAGUUGUCCUAGGAUGUGCUCGUAAUGUCGAACCAAAUCUUGAUGAAUUUCGAAGUCAUAUUGAACCAAUUAUUAAUCUCUUUCAUUCAUCAUCUCGUAUUUUUAUUUUCGAAAGUGAUUCAAAAGAUAAAACUGUGAAAAAACUUCGUGAAUGGACUCGUGUAGAACUUUAUACAUAUCGUAGAUUAGAAGGACAGUAUCCAGGACGUUCUGAACGACUUGCUCAUAUUCGAAAUGUCUUAAUGGAUAAAGCACAUGUUUCAUCAGCUGAUUACAUUUUUGUUGUUGAUUUAGAUAGAAUUUCAACAACUGUUCCCUCUUUUCUUUCAAAUUUUAAAUAUGAUACAAAUCAAUGGUCAGUCAUGACAGCAACAUCACAUAAUCACUAUUAUGAUAUUUGGGCAUUACGCACCUUAUCGAACUCAAUUAUGAAUUAUGAUAUUUGGCGUCGAGUGUCGGAAUUGGAACGAUCUCCGAGCAACUAUUGUCACCGGUCACUUCUUGAUGGAAUUUAUGGAAUUCAUAAAAAGCGUAUUCCGAUUGAACAUGGUUUAAUUGAAGUACGUUCAGCCUUUAAUGGUGCUGGAUUAUAUAAAGUAAAAUCGACAUAUAACUGCAAAUACGAUGGUAAUCGUAUUUGUGAACAUGUGCCAUUUCAUUUGUGCAUACGAGAAAAAAAUCAAGCAAGAAUAUUUAUUAAUCCCGAGUUUCGAGUUAGUUAA